UGACAAAGUCCUGAUUUUGGAAAUUGUUUCAAAGCAGCACAAAAGGCCACCCUUUCCUAUACGCUGCUUUCCAGGAUGGAUGAAGACAAAUUUUCAGAUGGGUUAAGGACUUACACAGGAAGAGCUCUGAUUCAGAGGCCGUUCUUCCCUAUCUACGUGCUGCUGGGUGUUUCUUACUUACUGGUUUUCAUUGGCUUUGUGGUGUCCCUCUCCAAAGUCGCAACAGUUUCCUCCGAACUCCACAAGAUGCACGCUCAGGCUGCAAAGGAACCCUUUGGCCAUGAUUCCCACUUGUUCCCAUGUGGUACUGAUACCAGACAAUGGGAAUAUUCCAAUGGAAAAUGCUACUACUUCUCCCUGAAGGCUAUUCCCUGGCACCAAGCUAAGGCAGAAUGUGAAAAGCAACAGUCACAACUGGCUGUCAUUAAAAGUUUAGCAGAACAGAAUUUCCUACAGACCCGGACCAGAAAUGAGAGGUUUUGGAUUGGCCUCCAUGACCUCCACACUGAAGGAGAGUGGAAAUGGUUGGAUGGUUCCAAUUAUAUAACAGGCUUCAAGAACUGGAAGACAGGGGAACCCAACACUUACCUGAACCAGGAUGAGGAUUGUGGCCAACUUUGGAUCAAUGGACAAUGGAAUGAUUUCGUCUGCACCUCCAACUCCUAUUACAUCUGUGAGAAACCCUUGCCGAAAGCGACCUGACCAUUUACUAUGGUAUUCCCAGAAGCUCCUAGAAAAUGUGAAUGGCUGCAAGAUCCACAGUUGAACAAAUGAGGCCAAAAGAACAUCUAACUUGGGCUG